ACUUGCAUGAGGGAGUGCACGGACGAUUGCCCUGGAUUGUUGUACAAUGAACUUGAAAGAAAUUGCACUUUAUGCGCAUCGGUAAAAUUUGAAACUGGAAACCCUGAGAAAAAGGCGAUAGCGUUUGAAAAGGUCCAGAAAAAAUGUGAUGACAAGACUCCAUAUGAUUCUACAAAAACGCCGCAAACAUUGUGCCCUCCGUUCGAGAACAAAAAGAACGGGAAAAUGGUUGGAGAAUCUCUGAUUGAAGGUGCCACUAAGAAUUUGACCUGCCACCCCGGGUACAGUCCUCGAGAAAGAAAUAAUGUUGUGAGCAAAUGUAAAAAUAGCAAAUGGACAAAAAUUACGGAGUGUGCUAUAGUGUGCCCUACUUUUGAGAACAACAACAACGGGAAAGUUGAAGGAGACUCUCUGUUUGAAGGUGCAACUAGAAAUUUGACUUGCAAUCCCGGAUACAGUCCCCGAGACAGCAAUGCUGUAUUGAGCCUUUGUCAAAAUGGCCAAUGGACAAAAAUAACGGAAUGUAUUAAAGUCUGCCCUCCUUUUGAGAACAACAGCAAAGGGAAAGUUGCAGGAGACUCUCUGUUUGAAGGUGCAACUAGAAACUUGACUUGCGACUCCGGAUACAGUCCCCGAGACGACAAUAUCUUAGUCAGCCAAUAUAAGUGGGAGUACCGUGCGUUUGAGUUUAACCAAUCCAUCUACGUGUCACUAAUCAGUCAGACACCUUGCGAAGGCUGUGGUAGGAGUCCGGACGGGAGAGAGAGAAAGAGAGAGAGGAGAGAGAGAGAAGAGCGAGAGAGAGGGAGGAGAGAGAGAGAAGAGAAGAGAGAGAGAGUAGAUAGAGAAAGAAGAGAGAGAGAGAGAGAAGAGAGAGAGAGCGAGAGAAGCGAGAGAGAAAAGAAGCAGAAAGAGAGAACAGAAGACAGCAUAUACAAGAUACAUAGAGACAGAGAGGAGAGAGUUAUAGAGAGAGAGAGAGAGAUAUAG